AUGAGACUUUACGAGAAAGCACAAUAUCUUUCAGGUUACCUCUUGAUAUUUUCAACAGUUGCAGCAAUCUUGGACAUUCAGUACUUGAUCUUUUCGAUCUGCUGUGUUCUGUAGAUAGUCGGCUACUUUAAGGAAGGAUUAAGAAUUCAUUAGGUACCAAAUAUCAUUGGAUUGUUUGCUUUUGGACCAGUUUGCCUUCUAGAGUCUGAGUAUCAAUCAUACUUUUAGAUAGCCUACAUGCUAUUACUAGGCUUAAGCACAUUCGCUCUUGUGUAUGGAGAGAGUGAUUUUACUGGAAUAAAGAUAGGCGGUAUGUAUAAAGUAGGAUAUAAGAUGAUCAGAACCUAGGAGUUCGACAAUCAAAUCGAACUUUACUAUCCCAUAGACGAGAGUGUUUAUGAUGAGCAUAAGAACAAUCCUGAUCGUAGACUCUAUUUCAUUGACAGAGAGAAUGAAUCUCAUUUCAUUAGAGGACUCGGCAGGUACUACUGGGUAGGUAAGAACCCUAGAAAGCAGAAUAUCCCUCAUUUUGUCUACUAAUACAUAAGAAACGAACAGUUAGAUGUGAUCAAGAAUGCUCCUAUUGCCUAUGACUUUAAGAGUUUGAAAAAGGAGCUUGUACCAAUCAUCUUCUCUCACGGUUUAGGUUAAUGUUCCAAGUUCUACAGUUUACAGUUCCAGGAGUAUGCAAGCCAUGGGUUCCUUGUAAUUGCAAUUAACCAUUUUGAUAAUACAUGUACUUAUACUAUUGAUAAGAUUGGAAAACAUUACUAUUUUGAUUGCUCAAAAAUGAGAGAGCAUUGGGGUCUAAGAAACACUUAACUUAAUUUAAGAGAGCGUGAGAUUAAAGCAGUUAUUGAAGAAGUGUAUAUUAAAGUAGGAAUGAUGGCUAGAAUGGGAUUAGGAUUGGUUAAAUUAGCAACUGAUAAAAUUGUAUCUGCUGGACAUGAAUUCGGUGGCACCACUGCAAUCAGAGGAGCUUUUAUGGAUGGAAGAGUCAAGGCAGUUUUGGCUUUCGAUCCUUGGAUGUACACUCACAAAUCAGAAGCUCACUAUGGUUUCAUGAAGAUUACAAGACCUCUUCUCACAGUUAGCACUGAGCACUUUCCCAAGAUGUGUGAUUUUGAAUAAUGGAAUGGAGUUAAAGGUCUACACAAUCAUGCCCAUAACUAGCAAGAUGAGAACGUUGUCCUCAAGACUGGUUUCCAUACAGAUCUAACUGAUUUCUCUAUACUCGCAAGUUUAGAAUAACAGUUAUUGGAGAGAAGAUUACCAAGAACUGACAGAGGGGACCUCUACUAUCUUUAGAUUCAGCUUGGACUGUAAUUCUUGGCAAAGAUUGGAUUUGCUAAUAGCUAUACUAUGGAGGAUAUUGAGAAGAGGAUUGUUCAUCUCAAGAAUGCUUAUUGCAACUAUGAUAUUGAAUAUAUCCCUAAAUAGGAAGAAACAAAGAAAGAACAAUGA